UUUUAGUAAAAUUGACAGAUUUUCCUGAAUUUUGCACCGGGUUAUUGAGUGAAAAUUUUUUUUAUAAUUUAAUUUAAAAUAUUGGAGUAAUUUAAUUAUAUAGAAAUAUUUACUUAAUAAUAGACAAAUGUCUGAAUCAAAAAGUACUGAAGAAGAUAACGAUCAGGUUGUUAGAGAGAUACCAGUUUAUUUUUCAAAAGUACUGGCGGAGAAACUUUUUGUAUUAAAAUAUCCACUACGUUCCGCACAGGAGGGUUAUGAUAAUGCAGUGGUUUUAAAAUCAUCAAUUAAACCACAAAAUCAGGAAGUUCAAUUAGAAGUUGCUUUAAAUACACAUAGCGUGAAUUAUGAUCAAUUUAAAGGUGAACAAAUUGCAAAUAACGCCAAUGUACCAUCCCGACAUGACAAAGAAGAAGAGGAAAGAUAUUUCGAAAGUGACUUUAUGGAUAAAAUCGUUCUACAAUCCAGUCGUUCUGUACCAUCUAAUCGAAAUAUUUUUGCUGUUGGUGUUUACCAGGACGGAGAUUUGCAUUUAACUCCAUUAAAGGGGAUUCUUGAGAUGCGACCUGCGUUUCAGUAUUUCGACAAACAGGAUAAACGGUCAAAAGAUGAUAACAAAGAUGUAGAAGUUGAAGAAGAAGAAGAACCUGCGAAACAAGUAAAUGUUUCAUUUGCUCGUCAAAAACCGGAUCAUAUUAAAAAAAUGCAGGAACAAUCUUUCAAAUGUCAAACUAGUAAAAGUUUUGAAGAACCGUGGAUACAUACAAAAUACAUCCCAGCGAAAAAUUCUAAAGCGGAGCUAAUGAGAAUGGAAAUGCUAUGUCCGCCAGUCGAUGAUGCGAUGAAUAAUUUAAAUAUGUCAAAAAAGGAAUUUUUAAAAAGUCUAUUACCGUCAGCUGUCGAAGAACCUGUUCCAGUCGUUCAUCAACCAAAUCACGUAACAUCGUUGAAUUAUAUUCGAACUCUACCUCUUCUCGAUCAAAUUCGUUAUCUCAUGAAAGACGCAAAAGUUAUGAAUUUUUCGGAAUUGAAAAACACUUUAUCAUCAGAACAUGAGCCAUCAAUGAUUUUAAAGUAUCUUCAACAAGUUGCAGUUCUCGUACAAGGUAACUGGAUUAUUAACAGUGAAUUAAUUUAUCCAAAGGAUACAAAGUCCCAUCAAAAUGGUAUACCCGCUGAACUCAUGUGCAGAGCACGAGAUUUUGUUUUGUUAAAAUUUACCGAGAGUCAGUAUAUUGACCGUAGAGCGGUUUCUUCUGCUGUUAAGUUGCCAUCGGAAGAAAUUGCGGAAAUUCUCAAAAAUUUAGGACAACAUCAAUAUAAAAAAGGCUGGCAUUUGGUCAGGAGUCCGGAUCUGGAAUUUUCUAAACGAUAUCCAGAAAUAGCUCAAAGACAGGAGAUCUUUUGGGAGGCGAAAAAAAAGCACUUACUUGAAGCAAUGGAAGUGCAAACGACUCAUCGACAACGACGCAGAUCAAAUCGUGAAUCUAUAGGUUCAGAAAGUGAAGAAAAACCAACAGCAAGAGGAAGAAAGUCAUUGAGAGAUUCAUCAAUUUCCGACAAUGACAGCACAACGGAAACUGUGAAGCAUAAAAAAACCAAUAAAUCAAAGAAGUCAUCUGAGGGCACGUGACCGAAACUGAGUAAACGAUAAAAGGUAUUGUCCAAAAAAAUUAGCAAAAAUUUAAUUUGAUUCAGCCACAGGGACAACAAUGUGGAUUUUUCACUGACUUGAGCGAUACAAGAAAAUUGCUUGUUUGAACAAGAUUUCUUUCUUAUUGAAAAUAUAUCAGUUUAAAGUGAGCAUAUUUUCCAUGCCGGGGUGUUAGUGAGGAAAAAAAGAGAACAGGGAAAAUAUUUUACAAAAUAGUUAAAUAGAUAGAGGAUAAAGGCAUUUCUAUUUUUACUAUAUACUUCUUUUUAAGUUUCAAAUUUCACUAGAUAAAUACUAUUUUUCCUCUUUAGAAAUAAAUAAAUUUUCUGAUUUUUUUAAAGACAGUUUACUUCUCUUUAAUUUUUAUCAGAGUAGUAAAAUGUUCUUAUUUUAUAAAAAUCAAAAAAUAAAUUACAUUUUUAUGUGAAGGAAGUUUUAAACACAUAAUUUAUGUACAAUAUUAAAAUAUUAUUUAUUGUUAAAAAAAGAAACAAAUAAUAUAGAUGUCAUUGUAAAAAGAAAUAUGACUUUGUACAUAUUGUGAUAAAUUUUAAGAACUAAAGUAAAA